AUGGGUUCUGAAAAUGAAGAUCUAAGCAACAGAGAAUUACUAGCCGCACUGAACACGAGAUUAGGCGAAGUGGAAAAUGCUUUGACUGCCAAAAUUGCCCACGAAGUUGCCGAAAUAAAGAGUGAGGUUGGCGAUAUAAAAGGAAAUUGCUCCGAAUUGUCUAGCCAAUUAAAAUUCAUAGAUCGAUCCAUGCGGAAAAGAAACCGUAUUGUAUAUGGUAUACCGGAAAACUCAGAUGGUCCCCUGGAAUCUGUAGUUCUACACAUCUUCGAAACUAUCCUCAAGAUAAAACUAGACGAUGCAGAUAUAGAGGAGGUUUUUAGGAUUGGUAAGCGAGCUGAAGGCCGUUCCCGUCCUGUAAUGGUGAAAAUGGCUAAUUUUAAGAAAAAGCUUUUCAUUUUAGAGAACGCCCAUAAACUAAAAGGUUCUCAGUAUGCAAUUUCAAACGACUUGGAUAGCGAAGAAAGAUCAGUUCAAAAGGUCUUACUUCGACAUAGAUAUGAAGCGAAAGAAAAAGGCUAUAACGUUCAGAUGAAACGAAAUGCAUUAGUCAUAGAUGAGCGGGAGACAAUUUCUAACGUAACUGACAGUGAGGAGGUAACCGAUAAUGAAGUUUCUGCUGAUGCUACUCCGGAGGAGGAAGAAGUUAUAGAUGGUGAUGAACCUGAAUCUGUGCAAGAAUAUGUAAAAGAGAAACCUGAAAUACUAAGUCAGAAAACCCAAGAAGAGGUGCUUCCUGUAAAAUCCUCAGACAAGAAUGCAAAAUUUGUCAAACCUGGAUUGAAACGAAAACUGCAGCAGCGUCGAUCGAAACCUGAAGGAACAGCUUCUAGUCAACUAAUGACGUACAUUUUAUCCGAGAAGAAAACGCAAAAACAAUCAGAGGAAGUAGCAAGGGUCGAAGCAGAAAAACAUCCUGUUGAUGCUUUUCUGGCUGGUAUAUCACCUUCAAUGAAGUCCCUUAAUCCCAUUCUUCUAAACGAAGCUAAAGGCCGCAUUUUUCCAUAUUACAAGAAUAUGAAAUGA